AUGUGUUGCUUUUCAGGAGUGCUUCUCUAUGGGCCUCCAGGCUGUGGUAAAACCUUGAUUGCCAAAGCUACAGCAAAGGAAGCAGGCUGUCGAUUUAUUAACCUUCAGCCCUCGACACUGACAGACAAAUGGUAUGGGGAGUCCCAGAAGCUGGCAGCUGCUGUUUUUUCCCUUGCUAUAAAGCUUCAGCCUUCCAUCAUCUUUAUUGAUGAAAUAGAUUCUUUCCUCCGAAGCCGUUCCAGUUCUGAUCACGAAGCCACAGCUAUGAUGAAGGCCCAAUUCAUGAGUCUCUGGGAUGGUCUGGACACUGACUAUAAUUGUCAAGUGAUAGUUAUGGGAGCUACCAAUCGCCCACAGGAUCUUGAUUCGGCUAUUAUGAGAAGAAUGCCUACAAGAUUUCAUAUCAACCAACCUGCGCUGAAACAGAGAGAAGCAAUCCUGAAACUGAUUUUGAAAAAUGAAAACGUGGACAGGCAUGUAGAUCUCCUUGAGGUUGCUAGAGAAACUGAUGGAUUCUCUGGAAGUGACUUGAAAGAAAUGUGUCGGGAUGCUGCCCUCCUCUGUGUCAGGGAAUACGUUAAUGCUUCCUUUGAAGAAAGCCAAGAAGAUGAUGAAAUACGUCCCGUGCAACAGAGAGAUCUCCAGCGGGCAAUUGAGAAGAUGAGGAAGUCAAAAGAUGCAACAACCCAGAGUGUUCUUAUGCACGUUAGUUUAGAUUAAGGCUAAGGGUGUGUGUGUGUGUGUGUUCGUGUAUGUGUUUCAUUGUGGCCUCAUUCAGUGGCUUGCCAUGUGAUUAGGCAGCAGAAACAGAUUGGAAGCAAAAAUAGCCUUUUAAUAAGUGUUUCUGGAUUUGUUUUUAUAUUUUGACGUUUAAGUUAUUGAAAUCUAGUACUCUUUCAGAAUUGGAUAUGGUGCCAGACCAGUAAAAGAUCAUGACAUGGAUGAAUGUAGCCCAGCUCAAAAGCAAGGUCCUGUUUCAUUGUUGCAGCCUUAAAAGCCUUUGGUAGGUUCUGGUGUGGCACACUGUUUCUCACGGGAGGAGAAUGAGACUUCAUGUAUAUAUGUAUGAAUGUGUGUGUAUAUGAUAUGUAAAUAUAUAUAUAUCCACACAGUUUUUAUAUAUAGACAUAAUGUAUAGAUACUAUGAAUAAGAAAAGCCUUCUUUUUUUUUUUUACUUAUUUGCUGGAUCAAACCAAAUCAGAGGAUUAAAAGAUUCAAUGCACAUUUGCCUAUUUUGUCCAUUACCUUAAUGCAAAAGCAGAGUCUGCUUUUGGGUAUAACUUUUCUGAAUGCAGGGAAAUUGGACUCAUUUUGUGUGUGUAUGUGUUAACUUGUGGCAUCUACUGGUUCUAAUCAGUUUAGGUUGAAAUGCUACGUGAGACAUGAUUUUUUUAAAAAUGAAUUCUCUUACUGAGUUUUUUAUACUGUCAUAAUUGUCCAUAGCAGAACAUUACUAAAACUGCAUUUCACUAUGGUUUAUUUUUGUUUCUCGGUUUUGUGAGUCGUUUCCUGUAUGAUUUAAUGUUGUGCUGGAGGACUUCUGUUGAAUGUCCUUUAGUAUUUGCUACUUACAUGCCGGUGGUCACAACACAAAAUACUAUAGUAUUGCUGGUGUAAGCUCUUGGUUGCCUCCUUUCACCUCUAACUGUAAUAGAUCUUCCAUUGAUUAGUAGGACUUAAUCAUUAUUUUUUUUCGCUGACAAAUGUGUAUUAGUGAGGUGCAGAACAUUUCAGGUUUAGUGUUAGAAAUCUAUUUAAAUUUCCACCCUCCCAUACUUUGCAAUACUGAAUCAUGAGCAGAUAGAUGCAUCUGCACUUUAAUUAAAGUGGCCAGAUGUUUAGUAUAUUGACAGUAGUAAAAGUUAGAUCCUUCUAGCCCACUCAGAUAAAAACAGAGCCUUCUUCCCGCACAGAGAACAUUUCCUACAAGAUGGCUCCAUGCUUUGCUGAGCAGAUCUUAACCUGAGUUUAUCGCUUUUUUUAAUGCUUUGGUGAUUGAAAUGAACACGUGGUCUAGAAGGCAGAAGCCAAGGCUAUUUUUACUGGGAUUUUAUUUCUUUAUCCAAACGAAACAUCAGUAGCCUUAAUGUUAUGGGUAGUAUACCUUUCCUUUUACUGAUCAACCCCUAUUCAUUGAUACCAUCAUUAACAGUGUUGACACAUAGGGGUACUUUAUGGUCUUCUCUGUCUGUUGGUCUGUCUGAAGUCUGAAUAACAAGAAGCAGAAGUAAAAGAGAGAAUUCUUGUGUGGUGUUUCUUUAUUAAUUCAGUGAUUUUUGUACAUAUGUUUUCAUACUUCAAAAUGAGAAUAUAUACAUUUUUUAAAAAUUUCAAUUUAAAUAUACAUUGAACUUAAUUUCAUGCUUUUUUAGCAUUUAGCAAUAAAUGAAUGGCAGAUAAUUAUCAGGAUGUUUUGUUCAGCGUCCUGCUGAAUCCUCCAGUCCCGUUCCUUCUGGCCUAUCUGUGGAAUUCCCUUCUGCCAGACUUCUUUAUUGGCCUCCAUGCUAAGUAGGAAAACUGCAUGUGCCCAACAGUCUGUCGCUGGACAUAGCUGGAAUCAUUCCAGCCUGUAGAAAGCUCUCUAGUUUAUUGUCACGAUGUUGAAUAAAUCUUGUUUGAGUUGCUCUGAUACAAUCUGCGCUAAUAUUCUUUAUGAUGUUUCAAUAAUAUAUUUGUCAUGAAUGUAGUCUAGAUUCAAUACAGAAAUUGGUGUAAAACAUUACAAAAGGAGUAUCAUUAUUCAGUUUCCUGAUCAUCGCAAGCUUAGCUUUAUUCCAGUAGUUUGUAUUUUUGUGACGGUCGCUUCCAAAAGACCACCUAAUUGUUUUGCUUCCCUUUCCCAGUUUUGCUGUACUCUUAUCUUGGAGAAGUAAUCUUAAAUUUUGAUUCGAUGAAAGUUCAUCAUGCUGAGGUCCCACUGGAAUCAGUAUGACCUGUUUAGCUCUGCUUAUUUAGCUGCAGCUAACUUAAAAUGAAUUGGGACCCUAAAGAGGGACCCUAAAGAGCCCUCCGGGGAUAAGGCGGCCUGUAAGUUCAAUAAAAUAAAAUAAAUAAUUAUAUCAUGUACUGUUUUAGUUUUGAUCUUUCCAAAAACAGGCUGAGAAUGUUGUCUUUUUCUUUUUUUGGAUGAAGCAGCUGCCUUCUUACUGUGACCAAGCACUUUCUCGAACUGUUCUACCUACUUCGCAGCCCUGAUAGUAAGGAUUCUUUUUUCUUACAUAUGACUUGGGCAACUCCUUCCAAAGCUCUUCAGUUUGCUUUGGAAUUUGUUGGUGGAACUGGGAAAAUGAGCUACCUCUCUGCUUGCUUUGCCAGUUCAUUUCAGAUAUUGACUUGGUUAGCAAUCCUUUGCAUAGUGAAAGAUGGCACACUUGUCUGUUCUCUUCUGUGCAUCUACGUAACAGGAAGCUAGGGCUCUAUGUGGAGGUCUGGUUUCUCCCCUCAUAAAAGGGUGGGGAGUGCUUUGCCUGGGGCUUCUAAGUCUACUACCUUACAGUGUGUGAGAUGUAUCUACUUGGCUGUCCAUCACAUGGAGAACUGCCCAUCUGGAAUGUGUCAGAAAUGGACCUAUGAACAGUACUCUUGUAUAUCUGUCUCAGUUAUGAAAAUUGUUCUUUUUAGUGCUGUGCUCUACCUUGUACUUAAUAACUGCAUAUCCAUAGGAAAGCAUUGUCUUUUAUCCUCAGACCACAAGGCUUCAUCAAGACCACAUGCAGGUGUCACUUUUAACUGAUGUAACAUUGAGUUCUGCAUGAACUUUAAUUGGCAGGUGGCCUCAUGCAUCUCACUCUUCAUUGCUCGUCCCCUCUCUUUCCAUGCAGCUUAUGUGUAGAGGCUGAAUCAGAUCUAAGUGCACCAUAACAUACCUGCACCGGUUAAUAGGAGUUGGUCUUCCAUACACACAAUCCAAGAUUUUAAACCAAACUUAAUCCAGGUUUCAAAUCUCAGUUUGUGUGGUGGAAGCAUAACUGUAAUUAAUGUGUAUUCCUUUCUUUGUAUGUCAUGGGUUCUCUGUGCUAGAAGGAAAGGAGGAGUAAACUAUGUGCAAUUCCAGCAGCAGACCAAAUUCAUCUUGGUAUAAUGUUGCUUAAAAGUGAUGUCUGAAUGGUACCUAGGAAUCUUGGGUCACACAAUAGAAUUGAAGCAACAGAUCCUUUGUCAUUGGGGAGCUUCUGAUCUAGUUACCUUUCUUUUUUUGCCAUCAAUUGCAGUUGACUUAUGGCAACCUCAUAGAGUUUUCAAGGUAGAGGACAAUCAGAGAUGGGUUAUUAUUGCUUGCCUCUGUGCAGCAAUCCUGGGCUUCCUCAGUGGUCUCAUUCAAAUGCUAACCAGGGCCGACUCUGCUUAGCUUCCAGGGUCUGAUGAGACUUUAGCACAAAGCAAAAUUCCUUGGAUCACAAGAACACAAUGGCCACUCUUCUGCAACAAUGCUAGCAAUUGCGGCCAACUGUUGUUGUUUUUUAAAAAGCUAAGGACCCCACAAGGUUUGAAUAAAGUAAUGGGGUUUGGUUGUAUUUAAAUAGUAGGUGAAGCCAUAAAUGUUAAAAAGCUGUAGCAAAACAUUUGCAACUGUACUUUUUUCUAUGUGCCACUGCUACUUUUUUCCCACCUGGUUUUUAGGAUCAAGCAAAAUAUGUAUUAUGGCCACAAUGGCGAAGUGUAAAUGGGGAAUACAAAUAAACUGUCUGGGGGUCCAACUCUCUCUUUGUAUUCUA